CUGAAUCCAUUGCUCGAGUUGGUAGGGGAUAUACACAAUACGUGUCCGACUUAGAACAAAUGAACAGAAAAGCUUUGGCCAUGCUUAGGAAUUCAUUAAAUCCGCCUAUCUCAGAUUAUAAAACUACAUGGACCCUUGAGUCUAAUGAAGAAUCUCAGAAUAAAAAAGAUGUUAAACCGUGUGACAAAAUCAAAUUAAAAUCAAAUUCUCAAGAGCCUUUUCAAGAUCGUUUAUACGGAUCAAAAUUUCACACACUUGCGGCCAGAAAACUUAUUCAAGAAAUUGAAGAUGGAAAUUAUUAUCCUAAUCAUGCAAACGAUAAAGAGUUUAUUCGUAAAAAAAUUGUGGAUCUGGCAAAAUCUUAUAAUCUUAGUUCCAAAUAUACUAGCUUCAUUGCAGUUGAAACGCCAAUUAUUGAUGAUCAUGAAGAAGCUGAAGCACUCAUAGUCGUUGAAGAAUCAGCCUCUCCUGAGAAAUGCAAAAAAAUCGUCGCGUGUCAAAGUGAAGAUGGUUGUAUUGAAUUAAGUGAUACAGUUUGCGAUGAAUUGGAUGCACCUAAGGAAGAAAUUAUUAAUACAAUUAAACCAAAGCUUAAAAAUAAGAAGGUUCAAUUACCCAAUCUUCCAUCAAUUCUUGGAACUGCUAUUAAUCCUUCAUACCUCAAGAAAUUUGCACCUAGUUAUAAAGAUGAAUGGAGUGAUAAAUAUGAUAAAGCUCGAGAUAAAGAUGCAGAAAAAGAAUUUGAAGAAUAUGCGGACAAUUAUGUAGUUGAUAAUUGCGUUAUGAAGGUGAUUAAACAUAAAAAGGGAAGUGCAGUCGCUACGGUGCGGGAGACUGCCACACCAGAAAUUGGACUGUCUAAAGCCGUCUUCAUUGCAGUUGAAACGCCAAUUAUUGAUGAUCAUGAAGAAGCUGAAGCACUCAUAGUCGUUGAAGAAUCAGCCUCUCCUGAGAAAUGCAAAAAAAUCGUCGCGUGUCAAAGUGAAGAUGGUUGUAUUGAAUUAAGUGAUACAGUUUGCGAUGAAUUGGAUGCACCUAAGGAAGAAAUUAUUAAUACAAUUAAACCAAAGCUUAAAAAUAAGAAGGUUCAAUUACCCAAUCUUCCAUCAAUUCUUGGAACUGCUAUUAAUCCUUCAUACCUCAAGAAAUUUGCACCUAGUUAUAAAGAUGAAUGGAGUGAUAAAUAUGAUAAAGCUCGAGAUAAAGAUGCAGAAAAAGAAUUUGAAGAAUAUGCGGACAAUUAUGUAGUUGAUAAUUGCGUUAUGAAGGUGAUUAAACAUAAAAAGGGAAGUGCAGUCGCUACGGUGCGGGAGACUGCCACACCAGAAAUU